UUUCUCUGCACAGAAAUGGUUUCCAUCACAACUGAAAAUGUUACGCAACUGUACAACAUGACCACCCAGGAGAUCACAGUCAGUCCAGCAGAUUUCCACAAUAAUUCAGGCGUGGAUCAGAUAAAUCCAUCUGAAUGUGUUAAUGAAGAUUUAGAGAGAUGGCUACAUGAAUAUCAGCCUGGAUUCCUCUGGUUUAUAUUUAUUCUGGGAGCAAUAGAAAAUUCCUUUGUCCUCACUGUACUGUGUUUCCACAAGAGUAGCUGUACAGUGGCUGAAAUUUACCUAGCAAACAUGGCUCUUGCUGACCUAAUGUUGGUCUGUGUUUUACCUUUCUGGGCCAUUAAUAUUUCUAAUAAAUUUGAAUGGACUUUUGGCCUGUUUCUCUGUAAAGCUGUCAACAUUAUGAGUUACAUGAACUUUUAUUCUAGCAUUUAUUUCCUGACACUCGUGAGCAUUGACCGCUACCUGGCCUUGGUGAAAACCAUGUCCCUUGGACGGAUGCGACGAACGGUCUGUGCCAAAUGGAAUAGCUUUGUAAUCUGGACGUGUGCGUUGCUCAUAUGUUCACCUACAAUGGCGUUUCGAAAUUUACGGUAUUUUGAAGAAUACAACAUCACAGCCUGUGCCCUUGUUUACCCAGCCAGCUACUGGGAGCCUGCAAACAACAGCUUGUUGAAUAUUGUGGGUUUCUUGAUCCCACUCUGUGUAAUUACCUAUUGCACUAUACAAAUCAUCAAAGCCUUACGCAGCAGUGAGCUACAAAAAAUGAAGGUAGUCCAGACAGAGAGGAGAGCCACCAUGCUGGUCCUUACUGUGCUCUUGUUGUUCAUCAUUUGCUGGCUUCCAUUCCAGAUCAGCACAUUCAUUGACACAAUCCGUUACUUCGCACCCACGCUCAAAUGCCUGGAAAACAUCAAUGAAAUGCUGACUCAGAUAGCUGUUUACUGUGCCUUUAGCAACAGCUGCCUGAACCCAGUCCUCUAUGUAAUUGUGGGGAAGCACUUCCAGAAGAAGGCUGUGGAAUUCUACAAGGGCUUGAUCCCGAAGAGGUUCAGAAAAUCACAGUCUGUGCAGAUGGAAAACUCCCUGGACACUUUAAGAACUUCCAUUUCAAGUGUAUACCCAAGGAAAAAGUCUGUUUUGCCGUUACCCCGAUAG